GAGAUCAAAAAAUGUACUCAGGGCACCUUGAUGUUCACCCAUUUUUUUUACCUGCAGAUCCGUGUCCUCUCAAUUGAAUAUAUAAUAACAAAUCCGACUUUCCUGUAUAAUACGUUUUCUGGAAAUAUUGUUUCUAUUGUUUCUAUUGUUUCUAUUUAUUCCAAUUUGAUACUUGUUUUUUAGAAAUAGAAAAUCGAUUUGUUGAAUCAUUGUUAGAUAUCUACCUACAACAUCUCCCCACUAUCAUUCGGAAGCGGCGAACUUUUAUACAUAUUCAUCCUAUCUUCUCUACCAGACUUUCUUACUCUCUACACAUACACACACACAACGUUCCUCACAGAAAACCAAAAAUGCCCUCCUCAGAUAUAUCCCACGAAUUCGACACAAUCGAAGACACCAUCACCGCCUUCAGUAAGUCACCAUCCAAUCCACCCACUCCAACCCUUCACUCGCACCGCAAUCCCAACCAACUAACCCCCUCCCUAGAAAAUGGCGAAUUCAUAGUCGUCCUAGACUCCGCCUCCCGCGAAAACGAAGGCGACCUAAUAAUAUCCGCCAGCGACAUGACCCCCGAAAAAAUGGCCUUCAUGGUCCGCCACACCUCAGGAAUAAUCUGCACCCCCAUCCCCAGCAGUCUAACCACGCAAUUUGAUCUCCCGCAAAUGGUAGACUCGAACGAAGAUCCCAACCGCACCGCCUACACCAUCAGCAUCGACGCCAAUCACCCCUCCACCAGCACGGGCAUAAGCGCCCACGAUCGCUCGCUAACCUGUCGCACGCUCGCGGAUCCAAAAGCCGGUCCGCAGAGUCUCAGACGACCGGGCCAUGUAUUCCCGCUGAGGGCGCGAGAGGGCGGAGUACGCGAACGACCGGGGCACACGGAAGCCGCGGUGGAGUUUUGCAUAUUAGCCGGCAAACCACCGGUGGGAGUAAUAUGCGAGAUUGUAGACGAUGGGGAGGAAGUUUCUGGCGAGGCGAUUAGAAAGGAUCCGGGGAUGUUGAGACGAGAUGGAUGUUUAGCUUUUGGAAAGAAAUGGGGUUUGAGGGUAUGUACUAUUGAAGCUUUGGUAGAGUAUAUGGAGAAGAAAGAAGGGAAAUGGGUGGAGAAUGGGGGAGAGCAGCGCAAUGGAAAUGGGAUUUAAGACCCCGAAACCAUUCUUUUUUUUUUCUACGUCUAGGAGAGAGGGAAAGAGAAAGAGAUAUAACCGUGUGAUCAACUACGAGGAGAAACUCAAACUCAGCUACUCGUAGGCAGAAGGUCGGGGUUGG